AUGUUUUCCUAUUCCAAAACUGCCUCUAUACUAAGCCGAAGAGGUGCAAACAUCAGGCCCACCUCUCCCCUCAUAGCCUAUCGCUCUCUUGCUGCAUUGUCACCCUCAUCUCCAAAGCCCGCUGGAACUCUCACGCAACAUGCCGUUACAAACGAGAUCUCAUUGCCUCCACGAAGCGUGACGGGGAAAAUUAGGCGGGAAGUCGUAUUGCCUAGCCAGGAGGAGAAAAAGGGAGUAAUGCAAUACGCAUUGACUACACUGGACCAAAUUACGAAUUGGACAAGACAAAGCUCACUAUGGCCCAUGACUUUCGGACUUGCCUGCUGCGCCGUAGAAAUGAUGCAUCUCUCAACGCCUCGCUACGACCAAGAUCGCCUUGGCAUUAUUUUCAGAGCAUCUCCGCGCCAAUCCGACGUUAUGAUUGUCGCCGGUACCCUUACCAACAAAAUGGCGCCCGCGCUGAGACAGGUUUAUGACCAAAUGCCCGAGCCUCGGUGGGUUAUAUCUAUGGGUAGUUGCGCAAACGGCGGCGGCUACUACCACUACAGCUAUAGCGUCACAAGAGGGUGCGAUCGCAUAGUACCCGUCGAUAUCUAUGUACCCGGCUGUCCGCCAACUUCUGAGGCUUUAAUGUACGGGAUUUUCCAGCUACAGAAAAAGAUGAGAAACACCAAAAUAACACGGAUGUGGUAUCGAAAGUGA